UCCCGUCUAUUGUGCUGGCUGCCAGAAGUCGUGAGACUCAUGGCUAUUGCGUUCUCGUAUUUCCUGUUAUAUGGUGAUAUUUUCGCCAUGUAUUGCAUCUAAAUCCAGCUGCUGCAGGUGCCACUCAGAAGCAGCUGUGUGGAGCUGGAGGAGAGAGGGAUGCUGAGAGUCCCUGCCCCUGGUGAAGCAGCGCCCUGUCGGCUCGCAAACACCCGAUAUCUGUUGAUCAAUUAAACUACCAUCAUGUAAAACGGAGGCUCGGCUACAUGUGGAUCACGCGGGUAAGUCACAAACGCGUCUUAUAACUUGUGAUGUGGAGUAAACGUAGUGGGGAGCUGCAGCGUGAACAUGCUACCGGUUAGCAUGCUAGCUGCUCCUGCUAGCUGUGGAUGGCUGAAUGAGUGGAGACAAAAUGUGAUAUCAGAGAAAAGUGUCGCUUCAACACAGAAAAUGGAUUCGUGGAAACAGAAUCGGAUGCGGUUGUUUGAGAGUGCACGAGUUUAAAAGGCAGCUGUUGCUUAUUUGCUUGUAUUUCUGGGGGUUCAAAGGGGUUUGACGAGGAAAAGCUCAGGUGUGUGCAGGUGAUGUCUGUCUGAUGGAGAGGUGACGGGACCGGGGUGUGCGCGGCAGCGUGCUCGGGGAAGCUGGGGCUGACAUGGCCACCCCGAAACCAUGUUACAGAAAACAGCUUGGACCCACCCACUAUUAGAUAGACGAGACCCCAACCAUGACUGCUGCUGCUGCUGCUGCUGCUGCUGCUGCUCCAGUGCAGACGGGAAUCGCAAGACAUUCCCAAACCAGAGUGAAGACCUCAAUUUAAGAAUUGAGUAUAUCACAUCGACAUGUCAAAGUUUCUAAGUAACUGCUAAUAAAGCUGAUCUUUCAUUUCUGUAUGGAAAAACAAGCGUAUACAGGGCUUUGUAGCGCAUGUAAAAGCACUCGGGAAUAAGUUAUUGUCAGUAGUAAUAGUAGUAUUUAAGUAUGUUAAGUUCCAGAAAAACAUUUGAUGUUGAUUUACUGUAUUUAUCUUUUGAACUAGUAAACAGAUGAAGACAUGCAGCCUUCACUCUGCUCCACUGGAGCAGUUGCUUCAGACGCCCUACUAAACCAACAAGACGUCUCUGUAUUUGCUCAGCGAAGGCGACGUGUCUUGUUGUCUUAAGCUCCGGUUAACAUCUCAUCCAGUUUUAUUGAGCCGCAGGAAAUGUGGGCACGUCCAUGUGAACUGUCUCACCUCCUUGCACAAACGUCACAGCCGAGGAUGAGACGUCCCCCCUCACCCCACCGAGCCAGCUAACUGUAGUUCUAUUAUAGUGCAAGCAAAGGCGAAUUGUUUUUCUCCCACAAAGCAGUUCCCAGUGAAAGCCUUCAGAUGCCAUCUUUCUCCGCUAAAAAAAGAUGAUUGUGGUUUGUGCCCUCCUUAGCCUGUUCGGUUGGGUCACGCUUUACUUUGUCCUUUGUAAUGUGAACGGGCAACGGAGCUUCGAGUGGAACUGCCGCCUGGUCACACUGCUACAUGGCAUCUUGGCAGUCUCCGUCACCGCAUACAUUGGCUAUGUGGACGGCCCCUGGCCUUUCACCUAUCCAGGCACCAAGAACACUCCCCUCCAGAUAAGUGCAAUGGUGCUGAGCCUGGGCUACUUUAUUUUCGACAUGGCUUGGUGCGUCUACUUCCGCACCGAGGGGCCCGUCAUGCUGGCCCACCACACCAUGAGCAUCUUGGGAAUCCUGCUCACCCUCUGGCUGGGCGAGUCUGGCAUCGAGUCCUGUGCCGUGCUGUUUGGCAGUGAAGUGACCAACCCGCUGCUGCAGGCUCGCUGGUUCCUCAAACAGACGGGGCGCUACAGAACUCUGCUCGGGGACGUUGUGGACGUCCUCUUCGUGCUGCUGUUUGUAGUGAUGCGGAUUUUCGUGGGAGGCACAAUGCUGUACUGUGAACUCAUCUCCCCCAGACCGAGAUUCUUUAUCAAGUGUGGGGGAGUGGCCAUGUACGCGCUGUCUUGGGUGUUCAUGGUGGACAUUGUUAGGUUCGCAGUGAGAAAGAGCAAGAGUUGGCACAAGCAGCAGACGCUUUCCAAUAGCCAUGAAGGGGAAAAGAUUGACUAGACCCAGUGGGUCUUCCACGGAUUUGCUCAUUAAUUGACUACAUAUAUCAUGCUAUACUCUUUAAUUGUUAGGGAUGACAUCAUAGGAUGUGGGUGGAAACUGAAGACAUGAAACAGACCUCAGCUUCGUUACAUUUCUGAACUUCAAAAUGUGGCAGUAACUGCUAGUGUCCUGCUCGCCAGCAGGGGGCGACAACGCACAACAUUUCCACUGUGGAACACUAUAAAUUCAAAUUGUUUUUGCCUGCUGUUUUUUGGACUACUUGUUUUGAGCUUUUCUUUUAUAUACAAAAUUGAUAAUGCAGUUUCUGAGUUAUUUUAAAUAUUUGGCCCAUUUUGAUGGUCAAACAAGUCAGCAUGUCUACUUCCAAUACUAGUUGUUUUGGGAAUGGCUCCAGUCCUCAGUGACCGAGGAGUACAGGAUGAAGCAGAAGGGUCUGAGGGAUGGGCACAUUUCACAGGUCCCGCUUCUUUUCUAACACAUGUUUGAGGGAAGGAAAACGUGUCUGAAAUGUGUUCGCUUGUUAUUAAUAUGUAUAUUGUAAUAGUAUGAAUAUUACAGAUGUUUUUUUUAACGUGCACUCAGGGAAAUUGUGAAAAAAAAAUAAUUCGCCAACAUUACUAUUUUUAAUGCCAUCGAAUGUAAACUAAGAUCGCAGCAGUGUGAUUUCAUUUGAUGUGUAAUUUCAGAUAACCAGUUGUUGCAAAGGCAGUUUUAAAUAAAGUUUUAUUGGCAUAUGAGUUUAUUUUCAGCUUGUGCUUGGAUGUGCAAUAAAACCUUGACACAGGAUUCAUAUGGGUUUCCUUUACAGUAAAUAUAUAUUUAUAUUCUGCUAUUUCACCUCCACUUUUGAGUCUCUAACUGGCAUUGUAUUUUAAUUUUAUUUAAGCAGUACAUUGACCUGAUCAUUUGGAAAUGGAUCACUGAAAAAGCUUGGCUCCUUUGCAUUUUACUGUCUCUUCAGCUGUCUCACACAUAUAUUUUCGCUUUCCUUAUUUCCCAUUCAAAAAGUGCGUUGAAUUGUGAACAAGUCUGUCCAACAACUGUUUUCACAGCUGCAUGAGACUGAAUCACCAACA